GCCGACCUCCCGCCCCUUCUCGCUCUCUUUUGGCCGCCAUCUUGCGUCCGCCUCGUCUUCUUCAAAAUGCCCGGAGAAGCCACAGAAACAGUCCCAGCAACUGAACAGGAGCUGCCACAGCCUCAGGCUGAGACAGUAACUCCACUCCCAGUUCCUGGGGCUCCCAUGGAAGUGAAGCUAGCAGCUGAGGAGUCCAAGCCAGCUGCUGCCAAGAAUCCUGAAGUGGCAGGCAAGGGUUCUCAAGCUGAGACCGCUCUGGAGCUGUCAGCCCCGGCUGUUCCCACUCUUUCUGCUGGUGCUCCUGAAGCACUCACGGCCUGUUUUUCUCAAUCUCCCAUUCAAGCGUCAGCUGCUGCUGCUUCCCACUCCUCCGUUUCUAGUCCUUCUCACCCUUCCUGUUCAUCCCACAAAGCUAACUCUCCCCUUGCUGGGCUUACCCCUUUCAGUACUCCGCUGAUGCCUGCCUCACCUGGGCAGUUUUUCUCCCUAGUGGCCACUUCUUCCUCUGUCUCCCCAAUGCCAGACAGUUGUGGCCCUCCCUUACCACCGUGUGAUCUGACUCCCUCCACUUCCUUGAAUCCUACAGGUCUUGUUGCUUCUGCACCAGCUCCGAGUUUUGUGGUGGGACCUCUGGCUUCUCCUCCAGCCCCAGUCAUUUCUUCUGAGGUUCUUGGUGCAACUUCUCCAGCCUCUCCUAUAAGCCCAGUACUGAUGGUCUCCUUCCCUCCUCCAACAACUGCUGCUUCUUCCAUCUCCCUUCCUGCAGUCCUGCCCACUUCCUCCACAGCUCCAGAUCCUCCCAAAACUCCAUCUCUGAUUAGUCAGACCCCUUCAGCUGCCCCAGUUUCUCAGCCAUCAGCACAGUCUCCUGUUCCAGCUCCUUUCAUUCUUCCGGUGGCUCCUGUUUCUCCUCCAUUGGCUCCCACUGCUCUGCCUGUCACUCCAAACCCUUUCCCAGCUCCUCCUGCCAGUCCAAAAGACACCGUCACUUCUCACGCUGCUCACAGUCCUGUUUCAGCACCUCAUUCUCUGGCCGCAGCCACAGGUCCAUGUCUUCCCCAAGUUUUUCCUGCUCCUCCCUCUGCAACACCACUUCCUGCUCUCAGUCCUGGAAUCCUUUCUCCAGCUGCUGUUACUCCAGGGGCUCCUGUGACCCUUUCAGAUGCUUCGGCAUCCACACCCAUGAGUUCUACUAACACAUUUGUUGCUGCUGUUCCUCUUGCUAUGACCACUCCCUGUCCUGUGGCACCUGCAGGGCAGCCUGUGGAGCCUGUUGCUCACCCUGUGAAACCUCUGUUGGCAGCUGUCCCUGGCCCUGUGGUACCUGCUUCCUGCCCCUUGGCCCCUGAAGUGUGCCCUGCUGGUAAACCAUUGGCAUCUAUGAAACUUGCUUCUCCAUCAGCAGUUACAUCUGCCCCUGUAGCCCCAGCAGUACCCUCUUCUAGUACUGUGGCAACUGCUUCCCAACUUGACACUCCUCCUUUGGCAUCUGCUUCUUCUGAAGCACCUCCCGUGGCACCAGGAAUGCCUGGAUCUAAAUCAAUAGCAGUUGCAGCAUGCCCUGUGACAUCUACUUCUUGCUCCAUGGACCCCAUAGUUACCAACAAGAUAUCUGCUUCCCAUCCAAUAACACCUACUACCUGCCCUCUGGCAUUGACUGGUCCUGCUCCUGUAAUCCCAGCAGGGCCUGCUCCUAUACCUUCUGCUCCUGCAGUAUCACCUGUGAUGCCUGCCCCUCUUUUGACACCUAUGUCUGGCCCUGUAGUUCCAGCAGUGCUUGCUUCUAGUCCUCUGCUGCCUGCUACCCUAUCUGUAGCAACUGCUUCUGGCCCUGUAACUGCUCCUUUGGCCCCAGCAGCACCUGCUCCUAGACCUUUAGUAACUACAUCUGGCCCCAUAGCUCAACCAGUACUGCUGCCUCCUAGUUCUGUGGCACCUGCUUCUGGUCCUAUAGCUCCUCCUGAGGCCCCAGAAGGACCCGCUUCAACACUAGCGGCAUCUGCAGUAUCAUCUGUGAAGCCUGCUUCUUCCUUGGCGCCUAUUUCUGGCCCUCCAGAAAAAAUAGCACCUGCUUUUAGCUCUGUGAAGCUGACUUGUGACCCUGUAGCCCCACCUGAGCCUACUCCUAAACCAGUGACCCCUUCAAUGAAGCCUGCUUCUCCUUUGGCACUUGCUUCAGGCCCUAUGGCCCCCCCUGUGGCUCCUGCAGCUUGCCCCAUGGCUCCAGCAACACCUGCUUCUCAACCUGUAGGCUCUGCAGUUACCCCGGUUUCACCAGUGACCCUCCCUGGGCCUCCUCCUUUCACACCAAUCUGUAAACCUCUGGCGUCUGCACUGGUGGCCCCAGCAGCACCUGCUCCUAGACCUUUGGCAGCUACAUCUGGCCCCAUAGCCCCACCAGUAAUGCUGCCUCCUAGUUCUGUGGCACCUGUUUCUGGACCUAUAGCUCCUCCUGAGGCCCUGGCAGGACCUGCUUCUAAGGACAUGGCAGGACCUGCUUCAAUACCAGUGGCACCUGCAGUAACAUCUGUGAAGCCGGCUGCUCCCAAGACACCUGUUUCUGAUCCUGUAGCAAAAUUAGUGCCUGCUUCUAGUACUGUGGAGCCUUCUUUUGGCCCCGUGGCCUCGUCAGGGCUCACUCCUACAUCACUGAAGACUGUGUCUCCUUUGGCACCUUCUGAUCCGGUGGCCACAGUAGGGCCUGCUCCUACAUCACCACCCUCAUCAGUGCCAUCCGUGAAACUCACUUCUUCCAAAUCACCUAUUUCUGGCCCUGUAGAAAAGGCAGCACCUGUUUCUAACUCUGUAGUGCCUACUUGUGACCCUGGGUCUCCUCCAUCUGGGCCUACUCCUACACCAUUGACCCCUGCAACGAAGCCCGCUUCUCCUUUGGCGCUUGCGUCAGGCCCCAUGGCCCUCCCUGUGGCACCUACAGCCUGCCCAGCAAUGGCUGCUUCUCAGCCUAUAGCCCUCGCAAUUACUCCUGUUUCACCAAAUUCUCUCCCCGUGUCUCCUGCUCUCCUGCCAGCCUCUGACCCUCUGACCACUCCCUUGGCAACCCCGGUAGUGCCUGCUGGUAGUGCUGGGCCCUCUGUGAUACCUGAUCCUGUGGCCCCUGCGGCUUUUGCUGCUAGCCCAAGGGCUGCAUCUGUGGUCUCUUCUGUGACCCCCGCCACGCCUCCUCAGCCUCUUGCCAUCCCUGCUGCUGGCCCAGUAUCCUCUCCAGUAGCACCUGUUACCUCUCCUUCUGCCCGUGUGACCAGGAGUCCUCCAGUGGCUUCUGCUGUAUCAUCUGCUGGCUCACAUGCCCCUCCUCCCCUUAUUCCAAUAACGCCUGGACCUAUUUCUGCCACCAAACCAUCCGCUGUCUCUGUGGCCUCAGCCUCGAAUCUGUCCCAGACUCCUGCAGUCCCCUCUGUGGCGAAUGUGGAACGUCCACAGGAAACAGUCUCUCUGCCGCCUGCAUUUGUUGACAUACCUGUUUCUGCCUCAGCAGCAAAUAAUCUCUCCCAGCCUGCUUCCCCUGCACCUCUUUCCCCUGUGAAAAAGCUAACACCCUCCUCUGCACUUCCUAAGCCAUUACCAGUUUCAUCCCCAUCUGAUCUAGCACCUGAAGUGUCACCCAAACCCUCCACCCCUGCCUCUGCUGUCAUCGAAGACGACGAACUACCACCUUUGAUCCCUCCAGAGGCGCCUUCUGGGGAGCCACCUCUGCAACCAGUCCUGGUGAAUUUCUCUCCCAAACCAGCUGUGGCCCUUGCAGAGGCCCCAGCUGCUCCUACUACUGCUGCUCCUCCUCCUCUUCCUGCCAAACAGCCUGUCCUGAAGAAUGACAAGGGUUCCGGGACAGAAUCCGACAGUGAUGAAUCAGUGCCAGAACUUGAAGAACAAGACUCCACACAGGCCACAACGCAGCAGGCACAGCUUGCAGCAGCAGCUGAAAUAGAUGAAGAACCAGUUAGCAAAGCAAAACAGAGCCGGAGUGAAAAGAAAGCACGGAAGGCAAUGUCCAAGCUUGGCCUUCGUCAGGUCACAGGGGUAACCAGAGUUACUAUCCGGAAGUCCAAGAACAUCUUGUUUGUCAUCACGAAGCCAGAUGUAUACAAAAGUCCUGCGUCAGAUACCUAUAUUGUCUUCGGUGAGGCAAAGAUUGAAGAUCUAUCACAGCAAGCGCAGCUGGCUGCUGCUGAGAAAUUUAAAGUGCAAGGAGAAGCCGUUUCAAAUAUUCAGGAAAACACACAGACUCCCACUGUACAAGAGGAGAGCGAAGAAGAGGAGGUUGACGAGACUGGUGUUGAGGUGAAAGACAUCGAGUUAGUUAUGUCCCAAGCGAAUGUUUCCCGGGCAAAAGCCGUCCGUGCCCUAAAGAAUAACAGUAAUGAUAUCGUAAAUGCUAUUAUGGAAUUGACGAUGUAACCACACAGAAAGGGGAACCUUUUUGGUGUUUCAGAGGAAAGUAAAUUGCAGCUAAAUUCAAAAUUUGUACUAUUUCUAUCAGUUAAUAAAAGUUGUGGUUUAAAAGGUU